AUGAAGGCUUAUAUCUUCCUAUUUGUGAUAGUCGCUGCCGCGGCCAACGCGAUGCCAGCCCACAAACGUGCGGAGGAGAACACCUCUUCUCAGAAGGCGGGCUACCAUCCGGACUGCGGCUCCCCGAACUCAACCAAAUUAUGCCAGGAGCGUUACGGCGUUGGCUGCAACGACGACGGGUCUUUGCACACCGGUAAUUACUCUUUCUGUGGUAUUCUGGUGUGCAAAUGCAGGCCCAAUUAG